UGUGUGUGUGAGUGUUAUCCAUGUGUAUAAAUAGCCGAGCGACCCACAGGAUUCGCUUACAUUGCGUGCUUUGCUUCGCUUCGCAUAGACGUUCCAACUUUGCAUACAGUCGCUGGGCAAGGCGCCUAAAAGUAGGCAACAAACGACGAAUAUACCAAUUUGCGCAGCUUGCACAGACAGAGGACCAGUUAAUAAUUGUUUGCUCAAAGCAUGUCAGGAAAAUAGCACAGGAAUAUGGAGAUGUCUGGAUAUCAGGAUAUAAACGCCUUGGAAAAAUCGGUGGCCAAUGCUGGGUCACAGCUGUAUACGAUGGCCCACAAGCUGCAUGCUGUGGAGCGUAGCUUGGAUCAGACGGCCAUGGAGCAAAUGGACGAAAUGGAGGUAAUGGAGCUGCUCGAGUCUAUGACUGAGGUGAAAAACGACUAUCAGAAUCUGCGCAAGGACAUCCAGGAGGUGCAGCAAUUGCAGCGUGACGUCAGCACCUCAAUACGCUUUCAAAUGAGCAACAUGCAGCAGACCUUUCAGAUGCUCAAGAAACGCAUUACCAACUCCCAGCAGCAGCAGAAGAACCGUCGCCAACUCAGAGUACAGCGGGAUCAGCUACAAAGCACAACUGUGACAGCCAACGAGCAUUGAUUUGUGGCAAAUACUCGAAUGUUAGUGUGGGAAAGUGGCAUGUGGUGCAGUGGUAUUGAUCCAGGCGGGGGAUAUUAUAAAUUGACUCCUUAAAUUAUUAUUAUUGAUUUUGCAUGCGUUGUAUUCUGUUAUGUUUACUCAAUAUCUAUGACCUGCUGGGAAAGAAAGAGAGAGCGUGAGAGAGACAGAGAGUGAGAGUAUAGUAAAUGUAGAACCUGUUGCAAUACAAACAUACGAGCACUUUUGAAAACCUACAUAUGCACAUACUUACGUACACUGAAAUCGUGUCAAAUUGUGGGAAAACCAAUCUUUUUACCAUUAUAUACAUAUGUAUAUGUAUAAGCAA